AUGUGGUACUGGAAUAAAGAUUCUCAGACAACUGUGAAAGAAUUUAGAGCCCACACAGACCUUCAGGAUCGUGCCAGGACUCUGCCGCGUGGCAGGGCUCGCAGGCAGAGUGGCCUGGGUGCGGGCUGGUGUCCAGGGCCUGGGAGUGCAGCCCGUGCAAAGGAGCCGGAGCAGAUGCUGGAGUGGCAGAGGCAGGUCUCUGAGAACCCACACUCUGAGUAUGGCCUCACCAACAACAUUGAGAGGAUAGUAGAAAAUGAGAAGGUCAAUGCAGAAAAGUCAUCCAAACAGAAGGUGGAUCUCCAGUCGUUGCCUACCCAUGCCUACCUGGAUCAGAAUGUUGUACCUAUCUUAUUACACAACCUUGCUGUGCUCGCAAAGGAGAGGCCACCAAAUCCCAUUGAAUUUCUAGCAUCAUACUUUUUAAAAAACAAGGACAGUUUGAAGAUUGAAAUUGACUUAUUGGGAAGAACAGAAAUACUUGGUUUCUACUGUAGAUUUACAUGAUUAAGAGGCAGCUUUAAUUGCCUUGA